UUUGACUCUCCCUCUCUCUCUAACUUUCCCUUGUUUUUUUUUUACCAGUUACUUUUCCUUGUUUACCCUUUAUAUGUUUUUCUUCUUAGAGUUCUGUUUUGUACUUUUCCAUUUGGUUCUAUGAAUUUGUCAAAAUAAUACGCUUGUGUAGAAGAAAAGAAUUAUUUUUCUGUUGGGUUGCUGUCCAAUUUGUUAAUCAAAUGCUGGUGUAGCAACGUGUUUCUGCAUGAUUGUUGUUUUCUGAAACCUAGCUCGUAAUCACUGAUUGAGGGGUCUGUCUUUAAUCUUCUUUUCUUGGCUUCUUGUCAUUUGAUCUUUCAUGUGAUUUUGAAGCUUACCCUUCUGUUUAUUCCUUGCUUUCCUCUAUUUUUUUCUGCUGGGUUGUUGAUAUUUGAAGUGGUUGUGAGGAUACACUGAACUCCUGUUACAGUGUCUUCUCUGAUUGUGAUAUUCCAUCUCUGGUUUGCACAAAUUUGCAGAUUCUACGUACAAUCUCAGGUUCUCAGCUCUCAGUUAUUUUUCCUAUUGGGCGUUAUAUUCUUUGCUAGCUAGCUUCGUUAUGGCUCUUGUGUAGUUAUAGCUUGCCAUUUAUGUCUCUGUUUCCUUUAAAAAUCUCAGCUGUAUCAAAUUUGUCAUCUCAGCUUUGAACUUUCUUUUGUUCUCUCCUUUAAUAAUCUAAAUUUCACAGCUUCUGUUGAAUUUUAUUUUGUGAUCUGGGUUUUGCUUCUUGAAGUUCCCAUCAUACUCUCUCUGGAGUCUGUACUUCUUGUCAUGGCGAAUAGUGGGAGUUCUGGAUUACUCAUCUGGGUUUCUUCAAUAUUAUGUUUGAUGUGUCUUUCAUUAGGAUAUAAUCCUGUAGACAACUACUUGAUAGAUUGUGGAUCCUCCACCAAUAAAUCAGUGGGGGACCGUGUUUUUGUAGAUGAUCAAUUUUAUUCCAAUCUCCUUUCAAACCCGCACAUCAUUUUUGCCAAUGCGAGUUCAAGUCCCAACUCAUCUGCCUAUAACCCUUCCCUUUUCCAGACUGCAAGAAUAUUCAACGAAACUUCCCAUUACACCUUUGCAGUCAAGAAAUCUGGAAGACAUUGGAUUCGCAUUUAUUUCUAUCCUUUUGUGUUUAGAAACUAUAAUCUGAGCAAUGCCAAAUUCUCUGUGUAUGCCCAAAAUUUCACCCUUAUCAAGGAAUAUCAAUCAAAGGUUAAUCCUGAGGUCAGGGAAUUCUCUUUUAAUGUAACUUCUGAUAGACUAGUUCUCACCUUUUCUCCCUUUUCCAAUUCAUUUGCUUUUGUAAAUGCAUUGGAAGUUUUUUCACUUCCUGAUGAGCUCAUUCCUCCGGGUGCCACAACAAUUGGUCCCCAGGGCAGCUACCAGAAUCUGUGGGAACAUGCAUUGGAAACAGUUGAGAGGUUGAAUAUGGGUAAUAAAGCUGUUUCUCCCCUAAAUGAUACUUUGUGGAGAUUUUGGGAUGCUGAUGGUAAGUAUCUUAAACAAAGCAAUGUAGAAAAGUUUUUGUCAGAUAUCAAAGCUGUCAAUUUCUCAAAAGGGGUGGUAACAGAGAAUAUUGCUCCAUCCUCUGUCUAUGGCACUGCUACCAUAUUGAAUACAGAGUCUGAUCCUAUGACCAAUGCCAACGUGACGUGGCUUUUUAAUGUUGAUCCUGGUUUUGACUAUCUGGUUCGGUUCCAUUUUUGUGAUAUAUUGCCUAGACCUUCUGCAAGGUUCUACUUCAAUGUUUAUAUUGGUUCAUCUGCAGUUGUUCAAUAUCUUGAUCUUCUUAAUCGCACAUCAGAUGUGGGUGUUCCGUAUUUUAUGGAUGUGAUCACAAGAGUCACUGGUAGCCGUAUGCUAAAUGUUAGCGUUGGCCCUUCUAAUAAUGUUCAAUAUCCAAAUGCCCUUCUUAAUGGCUUAGAGGUCAUGAAAAUAAGCAAUUCUAAGGAAAGCCUUGAUGUCUUAGACUCUUUUUCCCCAGAAAGUUCCAAGACAAAAGUCAUUCUAAUAGUGGGCUUGGCUGUUGGGUUGUUCAUCAUUUUUGUUCUUGCUUUAGUUUUAUUUCUGCUUUGUAGAAGGAGACUAGCAGAUUUAAGCCAUCGCAAGGCAGAAGAUGACUUUGCCAUGAAUGAAGGAGAUACUAUUUAUACUGCAGGCAGUAAGUUCUCAAAUGGGACACCGAUAUUUUCCACUUCAAAAUUCGGGUAUCGCUUCCCUUUUGUGGCAAUUCAAGAGGCUACCGAUAACUUCAGUGAAAGUUUGGUUCUUGGGGUUGGUGGCUUUGGGAAGGUUUACAAGGGAGUUUUGAGAGACGAGACAAGGGUGGCAGUGAAAAGAGGGACUUCUCAGUCACAAGGAAUCUCAGAAUUCCAAACAGAGAUUGAAAUGUUAUCUCAAUUCAGACACAGACAUUUGGUCUCUUUGAUUGGAUUUUGUGAUGAAAGGAAUGAGAUGAUCAUAAUAUAUGAGUUUAUGGAGAAUGGGACCCUCAAGGAUCAUCUAUAUGGCUCAAAGUAUCCCAGCUUAAGUUGGAGACAACGUCUUGAGAUAUGCAUUGGAGCUGCAAAAGGACUUCACUACCUUCAUACGGGCUCUGCAAAGGCAAUCAUUCACCGUGAUGUCAAAUCUGCUAACAUACUACUAGAUGAGAAUUUCAUGGCCAAGGUUGCUGAUUUUGGUCUUUCAAAGACUGGUCCUGAGAUUGAUCAGUCACAUGUUAGCACAGCAGUAAAAGGAAGCUUUGGAUAUCUUGAUCCAGAGUACUUGAUCAGGCAACAACUGACAGAGAAAUCUGAUGUUUAUUCCUUUGGAGUGGUCAUGUUUGAAGUUCUUUGUGGGAGACCUGCCAUUGAUCCAUCGCUGCCAAGAGAAAAGGUGAAUUUAGUUGAAUGGGCAUUGAAGUGUCAAAGGAGAGGGCAAUUGGAGGAAAUCGUAGAUCCUCGUCUUGAAGGUCAAAUAAAGACAGAUUCUUUGAAGAAGUUCGGCGAUAUAGCUGAGAAAUGCUUGGCAGAGUACGGUGUUGAUAGGCCUUCAAUGGGAGAUGUCUUGUGGAAUUUGGAAUCUGCACUUCAACUCCAGGGGAACGAAGGGAGAUCCAGUCAUAAUGGUAAGAUGACUGAAAAAGUUAAUGAUCGUGCCAAUAGCUUUGAAGCCAGUGUAUCUAAUGCACAAGUCAGCAUGGGAAGCAUGGGGGAACUUUCUGGUGUUUCAAUGAGCAAGGUUUUUGCCCAAAUGGUGAGAGAGGAAAUGAGGUAGACUGCUGGAAAGCCAUAGAUCCUUCCACAAAAUAGCUGGACUUCCCUAUUCAUAAAUGCUAAGCGAAGAGAGGUUAGAAGUGUAUACUGUACAGAAGGGGUGAAUUCAAAUUUGUUGCUAGUAUGGCUGUGAUUUUUCAGAAUAAGUUACCUUGAUGUGUUGUUGAAAGUACACAUAGGACAAAUCCAUUAGCUUGCCUGCUUGUAUUUUUCAGUAGUUGUUUUUCAUUUCAGAUCUAUGCUCUUUGUGUGAUAUUAUAUCACCUAUUAUUUAUUUGACCGGGGGCUCUCUCUUUUUAUGUAUAAUCAAAUGCUUCCUACAUAAUUUGAUUAUGAUUUUUCAUUC